UAAUGCAACAAGAUGGCGGCUUGUGUAAGUCAUGAAGAAAUUCGAAAACUUAAAAAGAAGUUACGACAAAUAGAAUGUUUAGAGAGAUUAGAAAGAGAUUUAACGCAAGAGGAAAGAGAAAAGGUCUCCAAGAAAACUGAAGUUGCUAAGCUCUUAAGCGAGAAAAUUCGCGAAAGUCAAGAAGGAAAUCCCUACGGUAUGGCAUUGAAAAUUUCAGAAGCUGAGAAAGUUCCCGAUUGUGGUCAAGUCAAUGAGAAAACUCCCGCCAAAAAAGAAGUCAAUCGUCAAAAUUUAUCAAAUGUUUUGCAAACAAAACCAGAAGGACUAGGAUGUGAAACAACAACUCCAGAAAUGAAUGAGAAACAUGAGAAAGCAAAACAAGUAGGUAAAACUGAACAAGAUUCGUCCAUUGGCAAAUUUUAUCAGAAAGCUAAAUCGCAAGGUGAAAACCCUGUCAACAAAGUAAAAGAAGUAAAUGAGAAAACUGAAACAAAUAAAAAGAAGCUAAAAAAUGAAUGGAAAGAUAGGAAAUUUACAGUGAGAUGUUUGGAAGGUCAUCAUGGACCUAUAACAUCCAUUGAUUUGGAUGGCUCAACUCUUGUAUCAGCAAGUUGUGACUCGACAAUAAAAGUUUGGGAUGCAGAUUCUGGAGAAGAAGUUUCUACCUUGCGUGGUCACACUGGUGCGGUAUCAUCUGUUGUUUUGCUAUACAAGUAUUUGUAAAUUUCUUCUUCUCGUGGCCAAGAGAGCAAUACAGAAUACAUUGGUGUCUCUGGCUCUCAAGAUUGUUCAAUAAGAUAUUGGUCGGUCGUUAAUGGAAAAUCCGUACGUUCUGUAUACGCUUAUUCACCAAUUUCAUGUUUGGAUCAAAGGAAAGAGUUGCUGUGUUCUGGGUCAGAGGGUGGUAAAGUUGAGAUAUGGGAUUUAGCGACUGGUAGCAACAUCGCCUCGACUACAUACACAGACGAUGAUGGUAGUGUAACGCGUAUUAAGUUCCAAGGAGAUAGUGUAGUUGUAAGUGGCUCAUCGACUGGUCAAAUCAAAGUAUGGGAUGUACGACAAACCUCACUCUUUCCUGUAACAUUUGCACGUGAUCCAAACAUGACAUUCGUCAAACGAGAUCGUGUCCGUUGUCUUGCCACAACUGAUGCUAAUAUCUACUGGGGAGAUAAUAAUAUAAAAGUUCUAGAUUUGAAAGCAGGCAAAGUUCGUAAACUAAAGAAUCGCCUGUCAAUUUAUGGUGUAACAACAGAGCUGUUAGUUCAUGAUUCACUACUGUUUAGUGCUGGGCUCGAUGGUGCAACAGCUCGAACACAUAUCAACGUAAGAACAUUAGCCAACGAAGAAUACCUGGGAACAAUAGGUGAUGAGAUGACAACCAGAAUUGCAGGUUUACGAUGUGUUGAUACGCACAAUGAAGACUCAUUGCGUCAUCGCAUUUGCACCGGUGGAGAUAAACUAAUGAUUUAUGACCACGUGAAUGGAAAUAAACUUCGAAAGACAACAAGAUAUGUGCAAGACCCAUCCUUCAUCACAUCACAACAAAUCAAUGGAUAUGCAAAUUCUGAAGAUAUAAUAGACACAGACUCCGCAGAGGAUUCCAACGAUGAAAGCAUAUAUUCUUCCUCCGAUGAAGAUAAUGACCAACAAACAAAGGCAACGUUGACUAAAGAAUCCUGGUGUACAAUGUCAUGAUAUAAAUUAACCAUCGUUUAUUUUUCAAAUAAAUUAAUUUUAAAUCA